GAAAAGGGUGGUGAGAGGGGGGCUCGAUGAUGCAGCAACAACAGGGGCAACAGAUGGACAUUGAUGGACUAGCGUGCUUGGAUUGAUGGAUUGACUCGAAACGAAAGAAUUCGCAUACUCGGCGAUAAAUGAUAAAAGACAUGCAAAUUGAGUGGCAAAAAAUUUCGAGAGAUUUGCAAUUUGAGUGGCGUGUAAUAAAAUUUCUUAAGUAGAACUUGAAGCCUCUCGUUUGCUACUUUUUGUCAUGCAGAUUUUCAUCAAAUUUGGAUGAAAGCUUUACAAAUAGUAUUGAAUAAGAUGUUUUCCCUUUUUUUUUCUUCGGUAUCUAUAAUAUCUGAUGAAGUUUAGGCCGUAUUAUUUUUUAUCUUUAAAAAAAAAACCUGAAACCCGUCCUGGUGCUUCGAAGCAGGCCCGUCCUCGAUUCGCCAAAAAAGCAAGUCCCCAAUCUCUCCGUGAGUUCUCUUCUCCCACCUCGUCCCCCUCGAUCGCCUGCUCCGGUGAGAAUUCUCGCGAUAGAAUUCUUUCUUCUUGGUUGAUUUCCUCCUUGCGCGCGUGAUGCUGUCCUCGUAGCUAGCAGAAUCGCGCUUUGGUGGUUGAUGCGGUGGAUCGCUGUUUCCAUUGCAGGCAACCUGUUCGACGGAAUGCAGCAGGGAGCGGCGGGGCAGGCUGGGCCGUCGGGUGGUGGUGGAGGCGGUGGCGGUGGCGGUGGCGGUGGCGCGGACCGCCUCAGCGCGCUCCCGGACGCGGUGCUCUUCCGGAUCGUGUCGCACCUGGGGGCGCGGCAGGCGGUGCGCACGAGCGUGCUAUCCAAGCGGUGGCGCCACGUGUGGGCGUCCGCGCCGCGCGUCGACGUCCGCCACCCCUGCGCCUGCGACGAGAGCGCCGACCAGGAGAGGUUCCACGGCUUCGUCACCACCAUGCUCCUCAGGCGCCGCCCGUUCGCCCCCAUCAAGGCGCUCCGGCUGUGCUGGAGCCACGACGGCGACGCCAACAACUGGAUCGCUCAUGCUGUCAGGCGUGGGGCCGAAGAAAUCGAUUUCUCCGCGAGGCAUCACCAAGAUGAUCCGAAACCGGAGCUAGAGUACACGAGCUUCAUUUCUCACAAGAUCAAGAUCUUGAAGCUGACGCGUGUCCGGAUGGGCAUCAAGUUUAUCACGCAGAUCUGCUAUAGGUGCACUUUUUUGGAAGAAUUAGAGCUCAAGAAUGUUAAUUCACUUGAAGGGCAGAUUCAAUCGACCUCGCUGAAGCGCUUGUCUAUCAUCAACUGCCUUAUCUCUGAUGGAUUUUUGGUUGAUGCUCCGAACCUUAUCUCGCUCUGCUUCUUCAGACCUCUCAGCGGUAAGAGCACGGAGGGAGCCAAUCACUCGUCUGAUAAUAGGAGUUGGCCAUUCUCAGCGUCAGUGUGGGAGUUUGAUGACGAUGGAUCUGAUCAUGAUGAUGAUUUCUUUGCAAUUGCUAGUGGUGGUGAACACUUUGAUGAUAAGAGAGACAAUGAAUCUGAUCAAGACAAUGGUUCUAGUGAUGAAGACUCAGAUGAUAAGAGAGACCAAGAAUCUGAUCAUGAUGAAGAUGUUCCCUCUUCCCCAUAUUCUGAUUCUAAGGACUCCUGUGAUGGCAGUGACAGUGAAUGCGAGUCUUAUGAAUCCAGUGAUAAGGAGGGUGAUGAUCUUGAAGAUUGCGACAGCAAUGAUAUGUUGGAAAACUUGAUCAAGGUAGCUAGGGGCUUGACAGCUUAUCAUGGAGAGGUGCUUCUGAGGAGGCAAUUGGAAAAUUUCCCCAUGUUCAAUAACCUGAAAACUCUGUCCCUUGGUGAAUGGUGUAUGGUUCCUGACUUCAGUGCUUUGUCAACCAUACUUAAGAAAUCACCUAAGGUAGAAAGGCUUUAUCUUCACCUUGACAUGAUCCACAGAGGAAGAGGGGACAUCGAUCCAAGUGGAGGAUCAUUUGCUUGCAACAACCUGAGGAAGGUUAAGAUCACAUGUUGUAAAGAUGAUGAAAUGGUCCAUAUGCUGAAACAAUUCCUCCAACGUAACGGCAUAUCACUUGAGAAGAUUGUUCAUCACACUUCUAGCACUCAUAAUGGCGAAGAAGACGGAGGCGGGGACUCCAGUGCGAAACGGAAGGCGCAAGGCGAAGUUGCGAGGCUAGCAGUGAAACAGAGGAGGGCGCGAAACAGUAGAAGCCCGGAGUGAGGGGAACAUGUUUAAAAUGCUGAGGAAUCCAGUGCUGAGUUUACAUUGCAGUUAGCAGUAGAAUUCUUCACAGGAUGUGUAUAUGCAUCAAAUCUAGUACAGGUACUUUGGGGACAUGAAAAAUUAUGCAUCCGUUGGUGUUGCAUGAAAAUAGAUCGUUGGUCAAUGUUCAGUGACUUGGAAUCCUGUGAAUUGCUAUAUGCCUAUAUCAUGUUUGAUGUAUUGAGUAGUAAUUGGCAGCGGCUACAUUUGGAUUUGUGA